CACACACUCCAAAACACAAGCUCACACACAUUGAGACCCAGAGUCCCAGUGGUCAGGCAUGGAGGUGCUGGUGCUCACUCUCAGCAGCUAACUUGGAGCAACCUGGAUGGAGUGCUGCAGUGUGUUGGAUGGAGAACCUGUGGACUGACAGCAUCAUUCUACACUGACUGGAAACCUCAGCAGCCUGUUUUACCAUGGAGUUUGGAAGAGUUUGGUCCCGAUAUCAGAGGACGGUGCUGAUCACCAUGAUGAUGUUCAAACUGGGUCUAUUGUGCACAGCAGCAGCAGACAAGUGUUUAUCGUCUCCCUGCAACAAUGGUGCCACAUGUCUUGACCACCUAGGUGACUAUGUGUGCCUGUGCCCCAAAGGACCGGUAUGGUACAUGGGCAAAAACUGCGAUGAGCUGUAUGACGCCUGUUUAAUGGCAUCUUGCAACAACUGUACCGGCAAGCCUGGGACUGACGAGUUCACCUGCCACUGCCCGGAUGGCUUUGCAGGGCUCAACUGCACCCAGGAUGUAGAUCAAUGUCAGAGCAACCCCUGCAAAGGCAUCCAGUCCCAUUGUGUCAGCGGAGUCAAUGACUAUUCCUGCCACUGCCCCCUUGGAUUGGGAGGGGAGGACUGCAAGGAUAAUGUGACCGUUUGUUCAGAGAAAACAUGCCAGAAUGGUGGCACCUGUAUGGACAUCCCUGACACUGGGCACCAGUGCCAUUGUGCUGCUGGGUACCAGGGGAGGAACUGUGAGGAGAACAUUGAUGAAUGCCAAUCUGAACCCUGUCAGAAUGGAGCCAUCUGUAAAGAUGGGGUUAACGCCUACCAGUGUUUCUGCGUGCCUGGAUUUCAAGGCUACCACUGUGACUUGGACAUCAACGAGUGUGCCUCGCGACCCUGUCAAAACAAUGGCACAUGUGUGGAUGAGGUGGAUCACUACAGGUGUGACUGUGCUCCAGGCUUCAAAGGGAUUAACUGCAAGGUGGAGAUCGAUGAGUGCGAGGUGCAUCCCUGCCAGAACGGCGCCACCUGCCAAGACCACGUCGCCACAUACACGUGUGAGUGCAUGGCCGGCUUCCAGGGCCAAAACUGCGAGGUCAACAUUGAUGAAUGUGCCAGCAUGCCCUGUCUGAAUGAGGGCAAGUGCAUAGACAGGGUUAACAGCUAUGAGUGUGACUGUGAAGGGACGGGCUUUGUAGGCGAUCACUGUGAAGAGGAUAUUCCUGAAUGUGCUUCUGACCCCUGCCAGCAUGGAGCCACUUGUUUGGAGGGGAUCAACCAGUACAAGUGCCUCUGCUGGCCAGGUUAUGAUGGAGAGAAUUGCCAGGUGGAUAUAGAUGAGUGUGAGCAGCAUCCCUGUGAGAAUGAUGGCAAGUGUUUCCAGCGCUCAGAUAUCCUGAACUACGGGAUUCUACCUGAACUCAGCAAAGCUAAUUUCAGCUAUGAAGAGGCAGCUGGCUUCAUCUGCCGCUGUCUGCUAGGAUUCACUGGAGACAACUGCUCAGUCAAUGUAGACGAGUGUGUGUCUGCUCCGUGUCAGCAUGGAGGAAGCUGUCAGGAUCUGGUCAACUCUUAUCAAUGUGUGUGUCAAGAUGGCUUCACAGGCGUACACUGUGAGGUGGACAUCAACGAGUGUGACAGCAAUCCCUGCCAGAAUGGCGCCACGUGCGAAAACGCUGCCAACUCCUAUAGGUGUCACUGCCCCGUGCCAGAGCCUGGCCAGGAGCCCUGGGGCGGGCGAGACUGUGACAUCCGUCUGGUUGGCUGCCAACAGCACCAGUGUCAACACAAAGCAGGGUGCGUCCCUGUGCUGACUGAUGAUGGAGAGCACAGCUACACCUGCCUGUGUCCGCCUGGCUGGACCGGAGAACACUGCAACACCUCCACCACCUUCUCCUUCAACUCUGAGGGCUACGUCCACAUGCAGCUGCCUGUUUCCAAAAACAGGACAAAUCGAGAGACUAAAGACCACAACCACGGGCUCCACAUGCAGCUCCGAUUCAGGAGCACUCUGCCCAACAUGUUGCUGUACUACCGGGGCACCAUGGAGCGCUUCGUCUCCCUGGAGCUUGUCGGAGGCUCCCUUCAGGCCAGGGUGAAGUCAGGGAAAGUACUGCAGGUCAUUUACUCUGGCCCAGUCAAUGACGGGGAAUGGCACCAGGUCACCAUGACCAUGGAUGAGAGGUUGGUUCUCGUUGUAAAAGGACCCGGCUGUGAGGAAGAAUGCCAGGUGAAGAAUGAGGGCUACAACCAUCUGAUUUUCCUCCAGCCCAGCUCCUUUCAACAGCUGUAUGUUGGAGGGGCACCGCAGGAGUAUUUAGCCCAUACGUCCAGCGGAAGGGGGUUCAUUGGCUGCAUGGAAGACUUUCAGGUUGACCAUAAGCUGCUUCUGCCUCAGGACCUCAUCAGAGAGGAGAACCAGGGCUUGGAAAUAGGAUGUGACAAAAAAGAUUGGUGUCAGGAUGACCCAUGCAUGCAACGUGGGCAGUGUGUGGACAUGUGGGUCCGUGCCAGCUGUCUGUGUCAUCGGCCCUACUAUGGAGAAAGCUGUGAGAAAGAGUAUCCAUCCUGGACCUUCGGUCAUGAGAACACCACCAGCUACGCCGCCUUCAACAUCUCAGAAACCCAUGGAGACAACUUCACCAUCUCUUUUUUAAUGCGCUCCUUCAAACACAACGGCCUGCUCCUGCAGCUCUGUCGAGAAGGAAAGCCUUACCUGACAAUCUAUCUGAAGGAGGGCACUGUUGCUAUCUACAGCCCUCACACCACACUGCUGUCUGAGGCCAAGUUUGUCACUGAUGGCAACAAUAAUCUGGUGACUGUAAAGGUACACUAUGGCCAUGUGGUCUUCCCCAAAGCAGGGAAUCAUCGCGCUUUAGGAAAUGUGAGUGUAGAGGCAGGGGAUGUGGCGUAUGUCGGAGGGCUCCCGGCAGGCAAGAGCAUGAACGCCUGGGGCGGAAACUUCAAGGGGUGCCUGCAGGACAUUUGGCUGGACCACAAGCAUCUGGCCACUGAGGAUCAUCCAGAGGGUGUGGAAGUUUACCAGGCAAGCACAAAGGAGAACAUGCUGUCAGGAUGCCAAAGUGAUGACACAUGCAAGGAUGAGCCCUGUUUCAAUGGUGGACAGUGUCAGGUCACCUGGAAUGACUUCAAGUGCGACUGUUCCAUUAACUACUCGGGCCGGCUGUGUGAGACACGUUUGUGGUGCGUCGACAACCCUUGUUUUGAUGCAGUGCGUUGUGUUGACCUUCAGGAUGGUUAUGAGUGUUUAACUGAAGCCAAUUUUCAGGACAAUGCUCUCCAGUAUGAUGCCAACAGCUCCCUUCUGAGCCCUGUAACCAACAUCACCAUGGAUAUACGGACGAGGGAUACAAACGGGAUCUUGUUGCGGGCUGCCAGCAGAACCGAGGUGUUCUGCCUGGGUCUGCUCAACUCCUCCCUGCUGGUCAAACUGGACAGCGGGGCAAGUGCAGAGCUGCUGGCCUUCACAAGUGAAAGGGUAAUUGCAGAUGGAGCGUGGCAUCAAAUCCAGCUGACCAUGGUCGAUCCCAUGCAGUUAGCGUCCCGCUGGCACCUCAUUGUGGAUGGGCAGAGAGUUGGUGGCAGCUUCGGCGUUGGCGGCAACCUCAACUUCCUCAAUGACACCAACAUCUGGUUGGCUGAGAAAUACACUGGAUGUUUAGGGGAGGUGAGAGUGGGUGGAGUCUACCUGCCACUCAUAAAUGUACCAGACGCCCCUCAGAGGAGCCGGUUCUCCAGACUGGGUGGGCACGAGCCAAUCAUAGGAUGCCAAGGUGCACCAAUUUGCGAUUCCCAGCCCUGCCUCAACCGGGGUGUGUGUCAGGACCAGUUUAAUGAGUUUAACUGCAGCUGCAGCGCAGGAUGGGAGGGGGAACUGUGUGAGACUGAGAUAAAUGAGUGUUCUUCAGGUCCCUGUCUCUAUGGUACAUGUAAAGACCUUCUGGCAGACUACCAGUGUGAUUGUGAGCCUGGAUACACAGGGAAAGACUGUCAGGAUGAGGUGGAUAACUGUCUGGAGUUCAGAUGUGUGAAUGGAGGAACCUGCGUGGAAACAGUGGGAGUUCACACAUGUUCAUGUCCUCCUGGCUAUGUCGGCAAGCGCUGCCAGUGGCGUUUCCCCCCAGUGACAUGCGAUGCAAACACAGAGUGUCUCAAUGGCGGAGUUUGUAUAGGAGGUGACUUCGGAGGCAACUGCACCUGCAAGCCGGGAUACACUGGUGGCAGGUGUGAGACAGAAAUAGAUGAGUGCGAGUCUAGCCCUUGUCUCAAUGGUGCCACCUGUCUGGACAGACUCAACCACUUCCAGUGUGUGUGUGUGCUGGGCUUCAGCGGCACACUGUGUGAGAGCAAUAAAGAGGAGCAUAAGGAGCGAGUCCCCUGGCUGGCAGUGACCAUCCCCCUGACCACCCUAUGUGUGUUACUGGCCAUCCUGGUGGUGUUUUUCCUCAUCAUGACAGCACGGAAGAAGCGUCAGUCAGAGGGCAUGUACAGCCCCAGCUCACAGGAGGUGGCUGGUGCCAGGCUGGAGAUGGGCAGUGUCCUUAAAGUGCCCCCAGAGGAGAGGCUGAUCUGAGGCCUGCAGCCCUGCCUCACAGCCUUACUUCCAGUGGAUGUAUAUAUGUACAGGGCGGAGAGAACAUAUGCUCUGCAGUGUCAAACUGCCGGGCCCUCCUGUCCUACAAGGAAGUGAUGGAGGAUAAAAUCAAAGACUGAUCCUCCACCUGGGAAAACUACUGAGGUUGAAGCCUCAGAGAUGGCCAGGUAAAGACCAGAGGCUGAGAAAGACAGUCUCCUGAUUACUCAGGCUGUCCUGUUGGGGAGAGUGUGGUCAAAGGAUGCUCUGACCCUGGACGUCCCCUUGAAGAGUUAGGUCUUGAGGACAAUCUCAAGCUUAAAUUGUAUGGGACCAAAAUCAUGUGCGGACCACAUGUACUAAAGAAAAGCCCAAAAAUCUGUGGAUAUUAAAUUAAUUCACACAGGCUUAAAAUCACUGAAACUUAAAUUCUCUGAUGCACUCCAUACGGUCAUGUCAGGGCAAGUAAUUCAUCAUUUUUGGUUUAGCAAAGCAAAACAUUCAAAACCUUCCUCUGCAGAUCCCACUGCCGAUUCUGUUUUGCAUGACAAAUGCUGCUUUGCAUGUUUUGCAGGGCAAAGAGGAAUGUGUAGAAGGAGAAAAAUACAUAUUAGAGUUUAAUUUGAAGUAUAAAUUGCAUGAUAUUAUCAGAGGAGCCCUGUCUUCACCAAUAUUCUCCUUGUAGUAGUAUUACAUUACAUAUACAAGGGGGUGUCUGGUUAAGAGAUUUUUGGAGACAGACACUAAUUUAAAUCCUGGCUUUAUCUUGUUAGAGGUCCCUUAGUAAUGCUAAUACUGCAUGACUUCAACUCUUCUGCCAUAAUGGGUUUUGCCACCUGAUUUCCUCUUUAUUUUCUCUCCUUCCACAGUAAAUUUGUGAUUUUAACUUUUUUUGUCUGUCUUAAAAAAUGUAAGCAGCAGUUUCGAAAUCAGUCGAAGAAGGAAUGUAUUUAUGAUUCAAACCUCAUGUUCUCCUUAGCUGAAUCAGAAAUUUUGAAUUUGUACGAUAUCGCCUUGAGCACCAGUGAUUUCAGGUGCUUAAUAUUUAUAAAAUAAUUCAGUCACAUGGGAAAAGAUCACUCUUAAAUUGAACACAGUAUUCUUCCAUCAUGUGUCUGCAGAUUUUCAUUGACUCAGUCACUGAGUAGUUCCUCCUUAUCUAAGCUGCUGCAGUCUUUAGUGUGAAUAAAAAGAUGCAAACAGUUCAUACAAUAGAACAUGACUGCAGCCUCUGCAGGAGUCAAACACUGUUGUGUUAAUAAUUGCUGUAUUAUUUAGUCAAUGCACACUGUAUGGCUCAACAGGCUAUCCACUCUGCCCACUCUCUAUAAUGCGCUGCAAAAGUUCAAGUCACUGCAUUUUCUUUUUUGUAAUAUUUUCAAGGGGAACAGUAUUUAAUUAUAGGAAUCUUAUUGCUGUGGUCUAAGGUGGUCAAAUCAGUAUUUGUGGACAUAAAUAACUUUCUUCUAAUGUCAGAAAAAGGGAGACUUUAAUUUUGCAAUGAAUGUCUACUUGAAUUGUAGAUAAUUUAAAAGAAUAAUUCAACAUUUUUGGAAAUCCACUUAUUCAUUUUCUUUCCAAGAGUGAGAUGAGAAGAUAAAAACUAAAAAUAUGGAGUUGGAGUCAUGCAAUAGUUAGCCUAGCUUAGCAUAAAGACUGGGACCAGGGGCAAAUAGCUAGCCUGGUGGUGUCCAAAGUGAAAAAAUAUACCUACCAACCCCUCUAAAGCUCACUGAUCAAGAAAUGUAAAAAUGUUAAUGUCAUUUUUACAUUUCAGUUUGUGUAUGGAUUAAACAAACAAGAUAAAAUGUUUUAAUUAGUAAACUUUACAGAUGUUUGUAGGCAUAUUUUUCACUUUGGAUAGAGCCAGGCUAGCUGUUUCCCCCUGUUUUCAGUCUUUAUGCUAAGCUAGGCUAACCAUGUCCUGACUCCAGCUCCCUACUUAAUACAUAGACAUGAGACUAAUAUCCAUCUUGUCAUCUGACUCUCAGAAAGAAAGCAAAUGCAAAUAGUGUAUUUCCCCAAAUGUUGAACUAUUUCUUUAAGUUGUCAUAUCAAUAAAAAAAAAAGUCAAGUCACCAUUUUCCAUACUAUAAUCUUAUGGAGGUGCUCCAGACAAAACUGCAUUUAACUUUAGGAUAAUUUUUUACAAAUACUGAUUAGAUUGCCCUAGGCCCUAAAAGUAAUGCAAACAAUUCUUCAUUUAAGUUAAGAGUUCUUGAACUGAGAAUUAGCCCUUAAACUGUGAUGCCACUGUACUCACAUUUGUAUUCCAAGAAGUCCCACCACUCACUUGCCUUUCACUCUGUACUCACCAGUGCUGCUAACUUUAUUAAACCACUUAACCAGGAUGCUUUUACAGGUCACAAAAUGUGCUAAUAUGAUAUAAAUUCAGACUGACACACUGUACCAGUUUCAUGUUAAUGGAACAGUUUGUGGAUUUUGGAUCAUUAUCUGUUUUAGGUAGGAUUGGUACCAAUGACCAAUGACAAUUACUUUCUAGAUUUCAAAGUUUACUUUGACUUUAUUUCAUCUGAGCCAAUAUUGCUUACAUGUGGCACAGAUUAGAUUUAUAUAAUAAUUAUAUGGCCAAAACUUGGAUUGACCGACUAUACUUUUGGGUGUUUUUCAUUGUUUGGUCUAGGCCCCUUAGUUCCAAUGAAGGGAAAUCUUAAUACUACAGCAUACAAUGGUAUUUUAGUGUGCUUCCAACUUUGUGGCAGUUUGUGUUUGUCCCCUUCCCGUUUCACCCUGAAAAUGCCCCUGUGCACAACAAAAUGGUUUUCAGUUUGCAGACUGGCCUGCACAGAGCCUUGAACUCAACCCCAUCCAAUACCUUUAUGAUGAGCUGGAACACUGUUAUCACUCAACAUCAGCGUUGGACCUCACUGAUACCCUUGUGGCUGAAUGGGAGAUAAUCCCUGCAUCCAGUUUCAAACAUCUGGUGGAAAGACUGAAACCAGAAGAUAUGAGACUGUUAUAGUGGCACAUUAUUGCCUAUGGUUUUGGAAUGAGAUAUUCAGCAGUUAGAUAUUGGUGUAAUGUACAGGUGUCCACAUACUCCUGGCAUGUGUAUUAGUGAAGGUGUAAAGUUUAAAAAAUAUAGAAAUGUGAUAUAUCCUCAUCUUUUUGGGCCAGAUCUGCUUGAGGUCAGGAGGCCCUGCUAAGAACUUUUAUCAGAAGCCCUCCAGCAUCAGACCUGGGCUCCAAGUCUCUACAAUAGAGGUCUUCCGAAACGGAUCUGACUGAUUUCCCCAAAUAUUUUCUCCCGUGGUGAUGGUGAUUAGAGUUUAUAGUACUUUCCGAUUCGUUCAGAUCCACUUGAGUAUUAGACAUAUUGAGACUGACCUGAGACCAGUGGCAACAAAAUGAGACCCUUCCCAACCCAAGUAUAAUUUGGACCCUGUCCGACUCACGGGUUCACGAGUGGACCUGUGAAGACCUCUUCUCUCCACCAACCCAAACUCACCCCCAGUUCAUUUAUUAUAUGUGUUUUGUUUGCACCUAUUGCAGAUAGCAAUAUGAAUAUAGGUUAGGCUUAUGUGUUAUGUCUAUGUUUUUAGGUGACAAUAGAAAAAAAUAUACAGUGAUAUACAGUAUAUUCAAACCUGACCUCCCAGCAUACUACUGCUUCUCACUGAGUACGAGGAUGCAGGGUUGUUGUCAUUCCUGUUGGCUACCUGUGGGGUUUAAUAAAGGUCAGAAAUCACUUAAUACUCCUUUAAUAAUGACUGCAGGGAAUGUUCAUGUAUGUGCAUGAUUAGAUGAUAGUAUGUGCCUUCAUGUUUUCCUGCAUCCAUUAAACACAAGAAUCCUGUGGUCUGUUUUUAUGUUACUUGUUCAGACAGAUUAAAGCCUUUGCGUAGACUAUACUUCAAAGGAUUCAAAGAAGAGGUCAUUGACAGAAACAUCACUGUAAGAGGUGCUCUAUUAUUCAAAUGAUGUUAAAAGCAUUAUGGUAUUGUUCAGACAUACAGUGUUAUACAGUGCUGUGACUUAACAACAGAACAUAUACAGGGCUGAUAAGUACCCCAGCUAUGUACAGAAUGGUAGUGAUUUUACACUGGAGUUGUUUUUACUAAAGCUGCACCAUGUACAGCAGAGAGAUCAGUAAAUGAUGAGUUCUAUUCCAAAAUAUUAUAUAUUCACUUUAGGAAAUAAUAAUCAUUCCCUGGAGUUGUUUAAAGACAGGAUUCAAUUUGUGAGUGAUACUAAUGGGUCAACCCAGGACUUCUACUGUAAUUCACCCACUAGCACUCAUAUUCAAAUAUAUCAAUGUUUUAAAAUGUGUUGUUUCUGGGCUGCCAGUGAUUUCUAAGUAGUUGCCCCUGUUCUCUAAAAGUGAAUGUCUCAUUUUGGAAUAAAACUCUUGCUUGUUUAUAUGUGGGGGAUUUUAUGAUUUGUCUGUAAAGUAAGAUUUCAAUCCAAGUGGAUAGUUACACUGUAAUUUUGUGUAUAUAGUAGGAAAGGCCACUUUGAUUGGAAUCAGAGUUGGCAGGUAUAUGUCUUAAACAGUGUUCAAGGAAAAAUAAAACACAAAUGAAAUGAA